AGGAUGGGGUGUGCUGUCUCAGGGCUCGGGUUAGCCUCCAAGAAAUCAGCAGAAGCCGCGAGUAAAGAACAAGAAGAAGCAGAAGAAGCGCCGCAUCUCAGCAGUGAGCACAUCCAUAUGAUUAAAGAGUCGUGGAAAGUUAUUCAGGAGGAUAUUGCCAAAGUCGGGAUAAUCGUAUUUGUCAGGUUGUUCGAGACUCACCCGGAGUGCAAAGAUGUCUUCUUCCUGUUCCGUGAUGUGGAGGACUUGGAAAAUUUACGCACUAGCAAGGAGCUACGAGCCCAUGGUCUCCGAGUGAUGUCCUUCAUUGAGAAGAGUGUGGCCAGGCUUGAUCAGUUAGAGCGGCUGGACUCGCUGGCUGUUGAGCUUGGGAGAAGCCACUACCGCUACUUCGCACCUCCUAAAUACUACGGGUAUGUAGGAACAGAGUUCAUCUGCGCAGUCCGGCCGAUUCUGAAAGACAAAUGGACCCCUGAACUCGAGAAUGCAUGGAAGACUCUGUUCCAGUACGUGACUUGGCUGAUGCGUCAGGGUUACACAGAGGAGGAAGAGGAAGCCAAACGAAGCAACACGGUCGGCUCAAGCAGAGAGCGGCCCGACAAGAGGAACACCGUACUUUAAAACUUCAGCUUUAGAUUUGGUUGUUACUUAGGUGUGUACAUAGUGUUGUAAUGUACUGAUUUUACAUUGCAUAAUGUUCCUUUAAAUAUCA